UAUGUCAAGAAACUUGUAUACACUGCAAAGAAUACGCUCGCCUGACAGGAUGGCUCGUGUUCUCAAGAAAAUCACACCGGACUUUACUGAAAUGCAGUCUGUUGAUUCCCUCAGAUAAGAACUAUGGCAGCGGCAGGUUGGGUCUGCUUGGUGACUGUUCUGCUGUCUCUGUCAUUUGUUGUGACGCGUGACCACCGUGGGGAGAUAGAUACCUUCCAUGUGAGUGCUGGCCAUUUCUUUUUGCUGAAUUGCUACACAGCAGAGGCUCAUGAUGUCGUGAUCUGGAGCAGAGGGGAGAGUAAAGACAAUCUGAGCCUGCCCACUGGAGUGGAAGUGAGGGACAGGUUACUUUGGUUUCUACCUGUCCAGAUGUCCCACAAUGGAUCUUACACCUGUCAGAUAAGGAAUCAGUCUGGAGUAUUAUUACGGAGGCUAAAGUUUUGGGUGUCAGUGUCUAGUGGAGAGUGUCCUUAUACCGUUGAGAGCAUUUCCAUCACAAAAGGAGUGAGCGACAGUCUUCCUUGUAAACAGAAAGAAAUCUUCGGCCUGAAUAGCGUGGUGAAUGUACGAUGGAUGAAGGAUUGCCAGCUCAUUCAGCGGCAAGGGAAACCCAUCUCUGUUGAUAUGAAAGGCAACAUGAGGCUUCCUCAAGCCUCAGAGGAGGACAAUGGGAAAUAUACCUGCCUGAUAGACAUUAACUUGGAUGGCAGGAAUUAUACCGCUUCACGCAGCAUCCUGUUGACUGUUAAAGAUGACCUCCCAGAAAAAGUUUUUGUAGAGCCACAGCUGGUGACCCCUGACAAGCAAGAGAUUACAGUUGAACUAGGCAAGUGAAACACUAAAUAAAAUGCAUUAGAGUGAAUGUUAGUGCUAUGGAAAAAUAUUAUAAACACCUUUAAAUAUCAUGAAGUCAUUU